AGUCAAAUCGGAUACUUUGUACGAGUGAACUAGAGAGGCAAUGAAAAAGGUGAACAGCUAAUAACAUUUUAAUGGAUAAGCAUUCAUCAAACAAACAAUUCGUCUUCCCAGUUCCCAUGUUAUCCUGUUGACGUUGUUGGUACUGGAACUGGUAGCAAACAAUAGCAUUGGCGACCCAUGAGCUUAAGCUUUAGUUUUGAGUCUGCCUUCCUCCAUCGCAACUCUAUUUUGUUCUUCAAACAUAACACUAAUGCUCCUACCAGAACAUCCAAUUUCGCAGUUUUUGCUCAAGUUCCCAAUCCAAAGUUGAAUGAAGAAUCAUUGGUGGUAGUGGGUGCUGGUGCUGCUGGAAUCUAUGGGGCUAUUUGGGCUAAAACUGUUGCUCCCAAUCUCAAUGUUAGUGUGUUUGAAAAGGGCAACCCACUUUCUAAGGUAAAAGUUUCUGGAGGGGGUAGAUGCAAUGUGACUAAUGGGCAUUUCCAUGAAAAUGUGAUACUGGCAGAAAAUUACCCUCGGGGAAAUAAAGAAUUGAAGGGAUCCUUCUUUAGCAUGCACGGUCCAUUUGAUACUAUGUCAUGGUUUAUUGACCGUGGAGUCAAACUUAAGACUGAAAGUGAUGGUCGUGUAUUUCCUGUCAAUAAUAGCUCAUCUUCAGUUGUUGAUUGCCUUAUGAAUGAAGCAAGAAAUAGAGGAGUUUUAGUGCAGACAGGAAAGACUGUUACUACUGCAUCUAUCAGUGCUUCAGGGAAGCUUGUUCUCAAUAUUGAAAUGCGUGCAUCUUCUUCUGUUAACCUUUUGGAAGCUGAUUAUUUGUUACUUGCUACUGGAAGCAGCAAGCAGGGUUAUAGUCUUGCUGGUCAACUUGGCCAUUCGAUUAUAGAUCCAGUUCCUAGCCUCUUCACCUUCAAGAUCAAAGACUCCAACUUGGCUGAACUAGCAGGAGUUACCUUUUCCAAGGUGAAAGCUAAAUUGAAACUCGACAAUGGUGGAAGAAAUAUACCGCAACUUACACAGAUUGGACCAAUGCUAGUCACUCACUGGGGACUUAGUGGUCCUGUAAUUCUUCGAUUAUCUGCCUGGUCAGCUCGUGAUCUUCACAGCUCAAACUACAAGGGGACACUAGUAUUAGAUUUUGCACCUGAUCUUCAUAAAGAAGAAGUGAAGUCAAUCCUCUUUAAUCAGAAGAAGCAUUUUGCUAAGCAAAAGGUGGUGAAUUCGAGUCCUUCAGAAUUCAGCCUUGUCAAGAGAUUUUGGAAAUAUUUGCUUCAGCGUGAGGGUUUAGCUGAAGAUAUCUCAUGGGCUUCCAUUUCUAGUGUUUCAUUGUCUUCAGUUGUCUCCCUUAUCAAACAAUGUCCAUUUCACGUGACAGGAAAGGGCCAAUUUAAAGAUGAAUUUGUGACUGCUGGAGGUGUUCCCUUGUCUGAGGUUUCUUUGAACACGAUGGAAAGCAAAAUACUCCGCAAUUUAUUCUUUGCUGGAGAGAUAUUGAAUGUUGAUGGUGUAACCGGCGGGUUCAAUUUUCAGAAUGCAUGGACCGGUGGAUAUAUUGCUGGUACAAGCAUUGGAAACUUAGCAAAUAGAGCCCGCCCUUUUGAUUGAGAGAUUCCCGCAAAACAACUCCGGCCUUGAUUGCUCUAUACAGCUGCGCGAGAGUUGACUGUGCCAGGAUUUCGGCUUGACAAUCUUUGAUUAUGCAUUUGGCAAUGUAAUGAAAAGAAAAUGAUAAAUGUUUUAAGUUUUCCAACCUCUCCCCUAGCCUCGUUGUGUCUUUUUAAUUUUUUUUAAAAAGUGAAAUUAUUGGCACUUUUUAUUAUUGGGUUUAUUUUAUUACAUUUAUAUUUAUAUUAAGUUCAUAUUUAUUGUAAUAUUUUUUUGUUAUGGCAUAUUAUAAUAAUUUUUUAAAAAUGUAUUAUUUUUGAUCAUGGAUAAUUGAUGUUGGUCAUUUGAAGUACAAAUUUGUGAAUUAGUGUUAGGUUGAUCGGAAAGCUAUCCCAAGGAAAAAGGAGAAAAAAGUAUCAAAUAAUAGAAAAGUAAAAUCAAGAAAAAGAACAACUGAAGUUGAAAGCAUAUUGCACGUGGAGAUAGAAAUGGAUGACGAAAGAAAGGAGGUUGGGCGCACCUUCCAUGACAACAAGCGU